AUGGAAGACGCAGAGGACGGCAUAGCUAUCAUUGGGAUUGGAUGCAAUUUCCCUGGAGGCGAGGGGCUGGACAAUUUCUGGAAGGUUCUGUUGGAAGGGAAGAACUGCGUAGUGGAUAUUCCAGCUGAAAGGUUCGACACCACUUUUUGGUUUGAUGCUGAUGAGAGCAAACCCGGAAAGACACGAACGACCAAAGCAGCUCUUAUAGAAGGGUUUAACGAGUUUGAUCACAAGUUUUUUGGCAUCAGCGAAGCAGAGGCUGAUUUCAUGGACCCUCAGCAGAAACUCCUCCUUCAGUGCACAUACAGGGCAUUAGAAGAUGCAGGAAUGGCUAUGGAAAGGAUCAGCGGGAGCAGAACCGGAGUUUACAUAGGUCUUAUGAACAGAGAUUAUGAGAUGAUCCGAAGUAACAGCCCCACUGCGAUAACCCACUACAACGGCACUGGGACGGCCAUGAGUGUGGCUGCCAAUAGAAUUUCCUUCAGCUUUAAUCUCACUGGCCCUUCUUUUGCCAUAGACAGUGCCUGUUCCUCAUCUUUGGUGGCUCUACAUCUAGCCUGCCAGGCUAUAAAGCAAGGAGACUGUGAGAUGGCUUUGUGUGGAGGUGUCAGCUGUAUCAUAGAGCCCAGAGUGUUUGUUGCUCUCAGCAAGGCCAAGAUGAUCUCACCUGAAGGGACCAGCAAACCUUUCUCCAGGAGAGCAGAUGGUUACGGUCGAGGGGAGGGCUGCGGGGUUGUUCUCCUCAAGCCUCUGAAAAAUGCUGUAAAAGACUGCAACAGAAUAUGGGGUGUCAUCGGCAAAACAGCGGUCAACCAAGACGGACGAUCGGUCACUCCAAUCACCAAACCUUCCAUGAUGCAACAAGAGGAGCUGCUGCGAAGAAUCUACUCCAAGUCUGACCUUGCAGACGUUCAGUACAUAGAGGCACAUGGGACUGGAACCCCAGUCGGAGACCCAACGGAGGCAGGGAGCAUCUCCAACGUCAUCGCUAAAGCCAGAGCUCCUGGUUCAGAGACACUGCGGAUCGGCUCUGUGAAGGGUAACAUUGGACAUACAGAAUCUGCAGCUGGGGUGGCCGGACUCAUUAAGGUUCUCCUGAUGAUGAAGCACGAGACCAUUGUUCCCACUGUUUUCUACUCUGAAGACAAUGCAAGUGUAAACUUAAAAGCUCUUAAUCUAAAUAUUCCGUCUAGAGCUGAAAGAUGGGAGACGAAUAGGUCAUUACAGAGGGUCGCCGGGAUUAACAGCUUUGGGUUUGGCGGCACAAAUGCACAUGUGAUUUUAAGAGAGUAUAGAAAGACCACUGUUCCCACACAGCUCCCAAAAGGCUGUCCAAAACUCUUUGUCAUAUCUGCAGCCUCUGAGAAAUCAUUGAUGCUAUCCAUCGCUGACACUCAUCAAAAGCUUUGCAGCGCUCAAGCAUUUGACUUACAGGCGCUGUCAUACUCCUCAGCAUGUGGACGGAGUCAUUACAGACACAAAUAUAAGAAGGCCUUUCUGACAUUUUCCCUCUCAGAUUUACAGCAUCAGCUGAAAUCUGCGCUGAAGACAAAGGUGGAGCCAACAAAGUCAGACAUCCAGGUGGUGUUUGUGUUUUGUGGGAAUGGAGUCGCCUACAGGGGUAUGUGCAAGCAGCUCCUGAGAGAGGUUCCUGUUUUUAGAGAUAAGGUCAGAGAAAUUGAGAAUCUCUUCCAGAGUUAUAAAAGCAUCAGCGUCAGUCAAUGGCUUGCCGGCAACUAUGAUGAUGAUGAUUUCAGCAAGCCAAAUAUUGUCCAACCUCUGCUCUUUGCGAUUCAGGUUGGCGUCUCCACUCUCCUGAAGCACUGGGGUGUCAAACCUGAUGUUGUACUCGGACACUCCGUCGGCGAGGUUGCCGCAGCUCAUUGUUCUGGCCUCCUUUCUCUCAAAGAUGCUGUUAAAGUGUUGCACCACCGCGGCACUCUUCAGAGCAAGGUCACAGGUGGGAAGAUGCUUGUGGUCAGUAACGUGGCUGUAGAAAAGGUAGUAGACAUCCUUCAAGUCUUCAACGGCAAAAUUUGUGUUGCAGCUUUCAACAGCCCUCAGUCCUGCACACUGUCAGGGGAUUCAGAUGCAAUAGACGUCCUCUAUGAAAGGUUGAAGAUUCUGUUUACGGAUAAAAACCUCUUCCUCCGUAUCUUGGAUGUUCCGGCGGCAUACCAUAGCCAUAUGAUGGAUCCCAUAUUAGAGAACAUUGAGAGAAGCAUAAAUCUUUUAGAUGCCAACGAAAUGGAAUGCAAACUUUUUUCCACAGUGACUGCGGACAGGUGUUCAGACGGUGACUUCUGCACUGGCAGGUACUGGGCAAAGAACAUCCGAGAGCCUGUUUUAUUUGAGCAAACACUGCAUGCUGCCACUAAACCCCAGCAAUCUAGGAGAAAUGUGGUCUUAGUGGAGAUUGGACCUCGUAGGGCUCUCCAAAGGAACAUACAUGAGACGCUGGGAAACGACACCAUAGUUCUCUCCUCUGUCCAGCCAGAGAAGGGUUAUGACACAAUCUUGUCUACCUUGGCAAAAGUAUUUGAACUGGGCAUAAAUGUGGACUGGCAUCGACUCUACAAGGGUUACGAGACAUCGCCCGCAGCUCUUCCAAUCUAUCAGUUCGACCACUCAAAGAAAGAACUGAAUUUUGAAGAUGUGAGGAAAGGUGACGAAUUAUCUGCUUUUCCUCCCCAUACCUUCAUAUCCCAAAUAAAGCUACAUGACAAAGAGUACAUGUGCAACCUCUCUUUAGAGGCUGCACCAUAUCUUUGGCAGCAUAAAAACAAUGGUGUUUCCAUCGUGCCGGGUGCGUUUUAUGUUGAGCUAGCUUAUGCCUCGGUGAUGGCGAGCUUAAAACCAAAGAAACCUGUUUCUCUGCUGCAGCUCAGUGUUACAUUUGAGAGUCUCUUUACACUCAGCUCAGACCAGCAUCAGAUGAAAGUCGUACUUGAGCAUGUAGACAAUGAGACCUCUUUUAAAAUACAGUCUUCUCUCGCAACACAUGCGUCUGGCAAAUACAGGAUCGCAGAUGGCCAACCACUGUUAGAGGAACCAAUCAUUGUUCUCAACAUGAUCUGUCAAAGGUGCAAAUUGCUUAUGAAGAGAAAAGAGAUUUAUUCAAUCCUUUCUCGAGCAGGAUUUGAAUAUGGCUCUGUCUUCAAACAGCUCGAUGAUGUGCAUUUUGGGGAUGAAUUCAAGGAAGCUGUGACAAAAAUUCAAGUCCCUGGAGAACUUCUAGAGCACCUUCAUGACUAUUUCAUCCACCCUGUGUUACUGGACUAUUUCCUGCAAAUGACUGCAGUGGUGGCUACUGGACGGCUAACAGCCAAGCAGGGAUUCCCUUCAGCUAUAGGUUGUGUCGCCAUUUCAGGACCAUUACAAGAGGAAAUGGUCCUAUAUUUACGGGCAACUCAAGAAACCCCGGACUUCCUUGAAGUGUGUGGUUGCUUUUCUACCACAGAGGGGAAAGUACUAGUGGAACUUAAGAGAGUGAGGAUCUCAUUUUUGGGCAAUUGCUCGAAUGUUCUUCAGUCGCUGUUCUAUCACAAUGAAGUAAUUACAAUUUGUGACAAGUCGGAUUUGCAAAAUAGCAAAAUAAAAGCACUCAUUUUUGAAGACAAACUCUGCAUGACUAAAAGACUUCGGCCAUACUUACACCCAGAGUCAGUCGUCGUGGAGAGCAGAGAUUAUUGGGUGUCCGACCAACUGCGAGAUUUAGUGUUUCGCUCACUCGACGCUAAUGUGGAUUUGGAAAAUGUUCUCUUCAUUUGUGGAGUAGAGAACCUCAGUUACUUGUCGUCUGAGCAGACACUGGAGAGCUUGGUUACUUGCUGUGAGCUGUAUCGCCAGAUUGUGUUAGCCUUGAAAGAGAGAAGACCGUCUUGCACUGUCCGCGUCAUAACCUACCGAUCAACAGAAAUGACUGUGGACCAUGUCAGUCCGGGUUUUACGCUUUCUGGUAUGACAAGGGCUUGUGCAGCAGAGAUGGCAGGUUUCUCUUUUCAGCUGAUUGACCUCGCUUCUGUUACCAGUGAAGAUAUCCAAAUGCUGGUUCAUGUAAUCAACACCUGCAAGCAACAAGAGGUCGUGAUCACCAAAGGGCAGGCGUCGGCAACAAGAAUCGCGCGGACCCCAAUGAUGGGUGUGGCUUCGUGUGAAGGUGAUGUGCAGCCGGUGUGUCUGAGCAACUUUGUCCUACAGACAACUGAUCCAUACAGACUGGCUCACUUGUCUGCUGUCCCCUUCAACACAAAUGUAAGUCCCAUCCAAGAGAAGUCAGUUGAGAUUCAGCUCACCAAUGUGUGCACGCACUCACCUGAUUACUUUCCUGUCACCACCACACAUUUAGACUUCAGCAAAACGAUAUACUGGAACCGUCAUACGUCUCAGAGUCACAAGCUUCUGGUUUUAGAUUUUAGUGGCGUUGUCACAGCUGUCGGGACAGAUGUUCACAGUCUAAGAGUGGGAGAUCAUAUCGCUUCAUGUUAUCCCGUUGCUGCCACGGCGAAGAUUAGAGUUCCUGAAGCUGUGUGCUAUGGUACAAAGAGACUCCCAUUUCUGAAGGAGACUCCAUGCGUGUCUUACUUCAUACUGGCAUGGGAGAUCCUGCAGAGAAUGCUGCCUAUAGUAAAACAGACGCACAGGAAGCUGACCAUCGUCUCCUCUAACUUAGCCUCGGCUCUGAUGAAAGUUUUAGCUCUGACAGCAAACAGGUCAGGUUGGAACGUUUCCUCUCGGCCACAUUUCAGCGGAGCACCUCUACAUUUUGAUCGGAGUCAUGCAUUUGUUUUCCUGCCCCCAUUCGAUCACUCUUGGCAGGAAAUACAAGACAGUGGUGGCCUCGAGAGACACGUUGUUUUUGUAUGCAGCAGCCACAUGUCAUCCUCACACUCAGCAGACGUGUUUGCAUCACAGAGUGAACACGUGCACGUGCAUAAACUUGAUGUGGCUAAUGUUCUCCAGAGAGCCAAUCUGCAGGUGCAGAGCAGGAAUAUCUGUAACUGGCUAACGUCAUUAGGUUUUGAUUCAGUAUCUCUACCUUUGAAAAAAGAGAUAUUUCAAUUACCACGCAAGAAAGAGAAGCAGACCGACGCAGAUUCUGAAUCUUAUUUCACCAGAACAACAGUGCGGCAGGUGGUUCUAGAUGAUGGAGAGUCUCAUUUUCCGGUGUCUGAUAUCCCUUUGCUCACCAGGCCAGGACAGCUUUUUAAACAAAGCUGUGUUUAUAUUGUAACUGGAGGCCUUUCUGGUUUGGGACUCGAAACGGUGAGGUUCAUUGCCCAUAAUGGUGGAGGUUGUAUCACAACACUGUCUAGAAGUAUCCCAACAGACGCAGUGAAGUUUGAAAUGGAGCUCCUCCAGAAAAGAUAUGGGGUUUCUAUCUUAAACAUCCAAUGUGAUGUUUCUGUGUCGAUGCAGGUGGUGGAUGCAAUCUCAAAGAUUGAACAUCGAUUCUCUUCCUGUCCGAUCAAAGGAGUGUUUCACAGCGCCGCGGUGUUGCACGAUGCGCUGAUUGAAACCCUCGACAAGUCUCUCUUCCGAAAGGUGCUGCAGCCCAAAGUUAGUGGCGCUCUAAAUCUUCACUCUGCGACACUCCACAACAAACUUGAUUACUUUGUGUGCUACUCGUCCAUCUCUUCGUUCAUCGGCAACGCCUCACAGUGCAACUACGCCGCAGCCAAUUCUUUCCUCGACUUGUUCUGUCAUUAUCGGAGGAACCUCGGUCUUGCAGGACAGUCCGUCAACUGGGGGCCUUUGAACCUUGGUCUCCUGUUGAACAAAGACCAUUUCCAAAAGUUCUUAGAGGCAAAAGGGAUGACGAUAAUGGAUGUGUGUGAGGUUCGUGAGGCACUUGAAAAGUGUCUCUUGAUGAACAGACCACAACAAGUCGUGUGCAAGUUCAACUUCAGAAACCUCAGCGUUCACGUUCUUUCACAAAAUGCGUCUCUCAGAGAACGACUGUCAGCUUUAAUGGAAACGGAGCUCAGAGAUGACGUUAGUAAUGAACCCAAAGUUCUGCAUUUGCCUUCCACACAUGAAAGCCUGAGAAUAAUUGUCAGUGACAUAAGCAGUGUUGCUGUGGAUGAGCUGGAAGAUGACUCUGCUCUGUGUGAGCUGGGUAUUGACUCCAUGAUGGCCAUGACGCUUCAGAACAAGAUUUUCCAGGAGACAGGAGUGAAUGUACCUUUGGUGAGAAUACUGGAUCCUAACAGCACAUUGGCCACUUUGGCAACUAUUGUAAUGAACAAUGGAUGA